AUGUCGAAUUUCUCUAAAGAUCAUCCAUCAAUUCGUGUUUUUGCACCGCCAGGUGGUCGUAGUGCUAAUAUUUUUGGUGUUCCUGAACCUGAAGCACCAGCAACAGCAAAAAAGAAUCAUAUGGAGUCAGAUAUAUUCGGCUGUAAAAAGGACCAAACGGAUUCUGCACCAGCCAAACAAACACGUAAUGUAACAAAUAAUAUAUUCGGAAGUCAACCUGAACAAGCAGCUCCAAAACAUAAUAUGUAUUCAGAUAAAAAUAAAUCGACAAUUUUCGAUGAAGCACCACCUCAACAACCAUCAAAUAAGCCUGAUCGUCAACGAUCAAAUAUAUUUGGUACAGAUGAACCUGUACAAUCAACGUCGACACGAGCAGUCUCCGAUAAAUAUAAAUCAAAUAUAUUCGGCAAUGCAGAUGAUGAUGCACAAAACAAACGUCAACCGGGUACAAGACAAGGUCUACGAGAUCCAAAUGCAUCACGCAUGGGUUAUAAUCCAAUUAAUGGUGAAUCUUAUUCAACUAAAGAUGGCUUGAAUUCAAAAGUCGAACCAAUUGAAACUGUGAAAGAAUCGGAUGAAACAAGUAAACCAGUUGAAGAAGAACAAGAUGGUAAACAAGCAGAAAAUGCCACUACUGAACCAUCUACUAAUUCGACACAAAAUGGUAAUACUGAGCCAGCAAGUGAGAAACAAACGAAUGGCCAGACGAAUGGUACCAAUGGUCACACGAAUGGUACCAAUGGUCAUACAAAUGGUACUAACGGACAUACAAAUGGUACUAACGGACAUACAAAUGGUACUAACGGACAUACAACGACAAAAAAUGCGCCUACAACUGUUCGUGUUGUUCAUCCACCAGGUGGUCGAUCAAAUGGUCCACUUUGGUAA